AUGCUUCCGGGCGUGGAGCUCGCGCGGCGGCGGCGCGUGCACUACCACGGCGACGUGGCGUCGUCGUCGGCGGAGCACCACUACUACGCGCACGGCCACCACGCGGCGCCCGCGCCGACGGGCGUGGCGGGGCCCGCGCUCGCGGCGCGCAUCCGGCUCGAGGAGAAGCUGCGGGGCGCCGCGCUGCCGCCGACCUCGCCGUCCAGGUGGAGCAGGCUGAGGGCGACCCCGAGGCACCCUCCGAGCACCAGGCGGCGAGACGAGCAGCAAGACGUUGUCCCGGCGACCGGCGCCGAGCCCGGGCCCGAGUCCUGGCGGCCGCCGGCUCCCGACCCAGCGGCCCUGCUGCAGGCGGCAGCGGCGGAUAUGCCGGCGUCGACGCGGCGCCAGCGCCGCGCGGAGCUGACGCGGACGCUGUCCAAGGUGGACGUGUGCGCGGUGUGCCUGGACGAGGUCCGGGAGGAGCGGCGGCAGCGGGUGACGCGGCUGCCGUGCUCCCACAAGUACCACUCCGAGUGCGUCCUCCCCUGGCUCGCCAUCCACCCGGACUGCCCCUGCUGCCGCGCGCUCGUGCCGUCCGCCGACACGCUCGUCCACCAGGUCUAG